AUGCCGCGACGAAAAAAUUGGGAACAUCCGGUAAAGCAUGAUAAAUCUGUAUGUGUACCAAAAGGAGUAAAGGCUGUGUCAUCCGAAUUAUCGAAGUUUUUGAUCAGUCAGUAUGACGUAGCUUACACCCGAAUUAGCUGGUUAUGUCCAAGAUGUUAUACAUUUGAAUCGAAGAAAAUGAUGACUCAUCGAUCAAAGCAGGAGAACAACAAUGAAAGUUCUAGUGAUGAUGAAUCAAUGACACAAGGUUCCCCUGUUAAUGAUAAUAAAAAUGAUGAUGAUUUUGUCGAUGUGGAAUUCAAUGAUCUGAGUGAAGAAGAGAAAGAGAAUCCUCAUAUGGAUAGUGGUAUCUUAGCUGAGUCAAAUGACGAUGAUGAAUCGCCACCUGUCGAUGAAACAACUGAUCAUGAAUCGAUGGAAGAAGAGACAGAUCAUGAUUUCUAUGAAAUCGAACACCAAAAAAACAAAUCAAUGAAAGAAUUAUCAAAGAUAUUCGAUCUAUUGAACAUAGAACCGAUUCAUGACAGAUCAGCAGUAUUGUCCAUUCGAACCAAAGUCAAUGAGGUGUAUAGAAAACUCAAUCGUUUAUGCGACAUACUAGAUGGCAAGUCUCAAGUCUCGCACGAUCCAAAUCCUCACGGACUAACGAUAUGUGAAUCAAAUGAAGUUUUGGAUGGUUUGAAGAAGUUAUACGGUGACAGUGAUGCGAAUGAACAAGUUCGCUUGAUGACAAUUGCUCCCAAAGAGUGGGGUCGACAAAAAAAUCGAAAAAUGGUGCGUAUUUUUUUCUCAUGUCGUUCAAUAUCUUCGCAUUUUUUCAAAAAAUCUUACCGAAAAUUUCUUUCACUUAUCAGGUUUGCAUCAAAGCCAAAUCAAGCUCGACGAUCGCUUGUUCUUCGAAAAAACGAUGGAAUUUUAGCUUAUCCACAAUGUCUGCGGGAAAGUAAUCGUCCUUUAUCUAACUCAACAAUUGAUCUUGUGAUCAAGUUCUAUUGUGAAGAUGGUAUCAGUCGAGUCUCAUCCAAUUCCAAAGACACGAUCAAAAUCAACGGACAAUCAGUAGCAGUUCGGUUUCUAGAAAUGACUGUCUUGGAUGCCUACCAAAUAUUCAACGAACGUCAUCCUGAUACUGUUUCAAGAUCAACUUUCAAUGCUCUACGUCCACGAGAAGUGAAGACUGCAACACCACAUGACACAUGCAUGUGUAUUACCCACGAAAAUAUGGAUCUAUUAUUGAAGGCUUGGAACAAUUACUACCGAAAAUGUGCCGAUGUAAGUUCUUUCUCAGCUAGUAACAAGAUCAAUAUGAAGGAUCUGAUCACUCAAAUGAAGAAAACAUCAGAGAUAUUCUCACUGAUAACAUUAUGUUGGAUUUGGAUGACGAAUGUUCAUGGUCUUUAUGGAAGAAAGUCAAUAAUAAGUUCGAUCUUCAGCAGAUGUCUGGCUCGGUUGACUCUAUUAACGGAAAUUGAAGAAAAAUGGUCUUCAUUCUUGCUUCACACGCACAUUAAUCGUGAACAACGUGAAUAUAUCAAAGACUUACGCUGUCAAUCAACGGAAAAGACUUUUGCUGUGGCUCAGAUAGAUUUUUCAAUGAAUUACACACUCAUACGUCAGCGUGAAGUUCAACAAAGAUUUUUUAGUUACCAUCAAGCCACCUUAUUUACAAGCCAUCUGACCAUUGGAAAAGAACAGCGAAAUUUGGCGAUCAUUAGCAAUUAUAUGGAGCAUACAACAUCAUUCGUGCAUUGUGCACAGAAAAUUCUCGCCGCAUUUAUCAAGAAAAACUUUCCAUUGGUAAAAAAGAUCAAUUAUGUGAGUGAUGGUGCAUGUGCACAUUUCAAGAACAAUACCAGCAUUUUAAACCUAAUUCAUCAUAAGAUAGACUUCGAUUUGGAUGCUUGUUGGACGUUCACAGCUACAGGUCAUGGUAAAGGUGCUGGCGAUGAAAGAUCAACAUCGUGGUUACCUUCAUUCGCCACAGUCUCGUGUUGUUCGCGUUUAGCUGUUGUGAGUUCAUUCGUGACAUCACCGCGAGCUUCUGACCUGCAGCAAUACGAAUUGUUGCUUUGGACAGGUUCGCCGUUUGAAUUUGAAGAUAUUCUUUCGAAUGAAAACAGUGAUGUGACAAAUAAAAAUAUUUCGACUGAUACUGACCGAUUAGAACUAAAAGUCUUUGAAUUUCAAAGUUCAAUUCAUCCUCUUCUGACAUCAAUCAAUAGCGGUGAACUAGCUUUUGUUGAAAAACAACGUUCAGCACAUUCAAAUAUUCAGUGGUAUCCAGAUAGUGUUGAUCAAUAUCGUCGACAUAAAUUAUUUGACAAACCUAGUGAACAAUGGUGGUUUUGUAUACCCAAAGCGUUUUGGAAAUGA